AUCAUUAACUAAAAAUGAGAUGUAUAUAGUAAAGAUUGCAUUUGACUGAGACCUCAGUCAUGAUGUUUCCUCAUGGUUUGUAUUGGACUCUGUUGAUGUUGUAUAUUGGACAAUGUUUUAGUAAAGAUCUGCAGUUUCAGGAGUUUAAUGGGGCAACAGGAAAAAAUGUAGUGUUUGCCCCUGAAGAUCUACCAUACAUUCCUUCACAGAUUAUUUUUAUUACAUGGGCUUUUGGAGUGGAUAAUAUUCUUACCUUUAACAAUGGUGAAAAUAAAGUUUCUCAAGACUAUGAAGGCAGAGUUAAUCUGAACACCACCACUGCUGCUCUGGAGCUCAAGAACUUGAGGCUGAAUGAUUCUGGGUCAUACAAACUGACAGUAAUAACAACUCCACAAACCUAUACAGGGCAAACUUCACUCAAAGUGUAUGAAACAGUAUCUGACACAACACUCACCAGUCUACAAAAAUCAUUAAUAGAGAAUGUAUCAAGUGCUAACAUAAUCUGUGAAGGAAGCGGUGACAUCACUUCUGUGGAAUGGAUGAAAGACAAUAAUCCACUGAUACCCAGCGACAGAAUCAUCUUCUCAUCUGAUAACAGAUCAGUGUUGAUCAGUCCAGUGAACAGAUCAGACAGUGGAGAAUAUCAAUGUACAUUAAGAAACCCUGCCAGCUCCGAAACUGCAAACCUCAGACUUAUCAUCAACUAUGGACCAGAAAAUGUUUUUAUUAAUGGUUCGAAUGAAGUGGAUUUAGGCCGUCUUGUGUCACUGUCUUGCUCUGCCACUUCUGUACCUUCUGCUUCAUUCACCUGGAGGUUUAAUGGAUCAGACACCGGUGUAACCACAAACACAUUUACCAUUGAUAAGAGUGACAUCACACACAGUGGAGAUUACAUCUGCACAGCCCACAAUGAUGUCACAGAGAAAAAUGUCUCUCAAAGACAUCUAUUAGUAGUUAAAGAAGGUGGUGUUGCAGGUGGAGGGCUGUCAACAGGAGCAAUAGUUGGGAUUGUCAUUGGAGUUUUAGUGGCAGUCGCAGGCAUUUGUGGUUUAAUUUUCUACUUUGUAAAAACAAAUAAAAUGACAAAAGUACGCCUGAGUGUUAAAGGACCAGCCAAUAAAGCACCUCAUAGAAAUCCAGAGGCCGAGUUGAAUUAUGUAGAUAUCAGCCCUGCACCGAAGGCUGGUGGAGGAGGAGUGAAUCUAGGGAAUACGAAUGAAUCUAGGACAGAGUAUGCACAAAUAACACAUGGGAUCUCAGGGAAACCAAGAGCUCCUCCACCUCCCUAUGGAAGUCAGCCAUCAAACCCCUCCUCAUUACCAGAAGGGAUCACCUAUGCACAGAUGAGGAAAUGAAACUCAACUGACACGCCAUCUGAGUUCACAGAGUAUUCCUGCAUGUUGCACAUUUUAGAUAUUGUUAUAUCUCUGUAGAAGCAUUUUUCUUUAAAUUAUUAUUGUGAAAGUGAAAUCUAACAUUUUGAGUAAGGUAUGCUGUAAUUGAUUUGACCUGUUGGGUUGAAAAAUAAAGUCUACUGUAUUUUCAAAAUGAUACAGCAAACAUACAAUGCAGUAUAUAGUAUACAAAAAUAUUAUA